UGUUGUCAUUGUUCUGAGGGCUUCAAGGACACAUGUACUACAUGGAGUUCCAAUCGAUUUUUAACACGAGUUUUACGUAAUCGAUUCACUUCCAUAAAACAUCACUAUACUGUUAUACUCUUUGUUCAUGAUACUGCAUUUUCGACGUGUGCUGUCAUCUUGUCAAAUCAAAAAUAAUUCUCAUUUUGUAUUUUCGCCGAAGCAUAAAUUUGUGCAAAAAUAUUUAAAGUUAAAUGACUAUUAGGUGUUUCGUGUAGAAGUUUACUAUCGUCAUGGAUCGUCUCUUGCGUCUCGGUGGAGGUAUGUCAGGACUGUCGCAGGCGCCCCCGCCUACUGACGCUCCCGCGGUGGAUACUGCGGAGCAAGUGUACAUAUCGUCCCUGGCGCUUCUAAAAAUGUUGAAACAUGGUCGGGCUGGAGUACCUAUGGAAGUCAUGGGCCUUAUGUUGGGGGAGUUUGUGGAUGAUUACACAGUCCGUGUGAUUGAUGUGUUUGCGAUGCCACAGACCGGUACUGGUGUGUCAGUAGAGGCUGUGGACCCAGUAUUCCAGGCCAAGAUGUUGGACAUGCUGAAGCAAACUGGACGCCCUGAAAUGGUUGUCGGAUGGUAUCACUCACAUCCUGGGUUUGGCUGCUGGUUAUCAGGAGUGGAUAUUAACACACAACAAUCAUUUGAAGCACUCUCUGAAAGAGCUGUGGCUGUUGUGGUUGAUCCCAUCCAGUCCGUUAAAGGGAAAGUGGUCAUUGAUGCAUUCCGUCUCAUUAAUCCAAAUAUGAUGGUUCUUGGACAGGAGCCUAGGCAGACUACGUCUAACUUGGGUCAUCUACAGAAACCAUCUGUGCAAGCCCUCAUCCAUGGACUGAACCGUCAUUACUAUUCCAUCAGUAUAAAUUACAGGAAGAAUGAACUGGAGCAAAAAAUGCUACUCAAUCUCCAUAAGAAAUCAUGGAUGGAUGGUCUCACUCUGUCAGAUUACAAAGAACACUGCUCAAUCAAUGAGACCACCGUCACUGACAUGCUAGAGUUAGCCAAGAAUUACAAUAAGGCACUAGAGGAUGAGGAGAAGAUGACCCCAGAACAGCUAGCCAUUAAAAAUGUGGGCAAACAAGACCCCAAGAGGCAUUUAGAAGAGAAAGUUGAUAUCCUGAUGUCAAAUAACAUUGUCCAGUGUCUAGGAGCCAUGCUGGACACCAUGGUAUUCAAAUGAUCUUGUCAAUGACAUUUUAUAUAAUUGUUUUAAGGCUAUAGUAAAGUGGUAAAUGAAUGAAUCCAGUUGUACAAGUCUUCAUUAAUUGUAUUGAAAUAUAUACAUUAUGUACUAAUUUACUUAAUUGUACUGAAUCCAAAAUAAAACAGUUUUUUUGAUAAA